AUAUAAGGAUGUUAACUUUUCGAUUUUUAUUGUUAACAUUGCAUUAAUAGUAUAAAUAAUGCUAAAGUAGAUUAUAUAGAAAUGAAUUCAUAAAAGCUUCAUUAAUGAUUUAGAAAUUUGCCUUCUAUGUGUCCUACUUUCAUAACACGUUGAAAAUGCAUUUUUCUUUGAUAUUUCCAUCAUCGAUUAGUAUGAUAACAUCAAUGAAAUACAUUCACAUUGUGAAUCGAGACGUAUUACCUACGAGUGAGUAAUUGUGACUCAACUAUAACCUUAAUUUCAUAGAUUUCGUUGACAGCAUCGUUAAAAACAUAUUUCGUAACGAACUGCAGUAUUUCCUUUAUUUCUCCUUAUCCUGUUUGGAAUCACAAACCUAUCCUCAGAAGAGAUGUCUGUCCAGAAGGAAGAAAAUAUUUUGCAAAAAGUAGCAAAUUCUUGUUGCUUUUUUUCUAGUAAUUUUUACAAGGUAUUAUCAGAUGAAUUUGAUGGGAAUAUUAUAACAUCACCACUUAGUUUACAUACUAUAUUGUCUCUACUUCAUCAUGGAUCAAAAGGAGUAACAUCUAAUGAAUUACAAACUGUUCUUUAUCCAAGCAGCAUUGAUGUCUCCCACAAUGAAAUAAAAUCUUUAAUUUCUAUAUUAAAUGAUAUAAAAGAGGUAGAACUACAAGUAGCCAAUGCAAUAUAUAUGCAAGAUAAUUUUCAAAUACUCAGUGAAUUUACUACAGUGAGCAAAGAUGUUUUCAACUGUGGCCUAUCAAUAAUAAAUUUUAAAAAUAAAUUACAAGCAAUUAAUGAAAUUAAUACAUGGGUCAAGAAAGCAACAAGAGACAAAAUUUCUACUAUUCUUUCCAAUGAUGAUAUUGAUGAAGAUACAAAAGCUAUUUUGAUAAAUGCAGUUUAUUUUAAAGCUCGUUGGCUACAUAAAUUUGAUGAUAAGUUAAUUAAAAAUAUUUUUUUUCAUACAUCAAAAACAGAGAAAAAAUUAGUACCAAUGAUGUAUAAACGAUCAAAAUAUAUUUAUGGAGAAAUUUCAAACUUAAAUGCACGUUUCAUUGAAAUACCAUAUAUAAAUCAAGAUAUUGCAAUGAUAAUACUGCUGCCCAAUGAAAUUAAUGGACUUGAAUUUCUGGAAAAAAAUUUUAAAUGGGAAGAUUUUUCUGAAGCAUCACGUAAUGAAAUAGACAUUGAAUUAUCUCUUCCCCGCUUUAAGUAUGAGAUUACAAUUGAUCUGGAAAAUAUUUUGCGCAAGAUGGGCUUACAUUCCAUAUUUGAAGAUACUGCAGAUUUUGGUAAUCUUACAAAUGAACCUGUAAAAAUAAGUAAAAUAUUACAAAAAGCUUUCAUUGAAGUUAACGAGGAAGGUUCAGAAGCUGCUGCAGCUACAGUCGCUCAGAUAAGAUUAAAAAGAGCAUUGAUAGAUUUUCCAGAAGAAUUUUUAGUCAAUCGUCCAUUUUUAUUUAUUAUUUAUCACAAACCAAGUAAAAUACCAAUAUUCUUUGGUAGUGUAAAAGAUAUUAACAUUCCUGUGGAAAAAGACGAAUUAUAAAAUAAUUAUUUUAUUUACAUCAUAUGUAUGUAGUACCUGUUCAUAAUAUUUCUAAUAAAAUAUAGAGUAUUUA